AUGAGCGAAACCGUGGCCAUUCCCGAGGACAACGACAGCAAUUUGCUGCCGCGGCGUUCAGUUGUUUACUGUGGUGCCUGCGGCAUGCCCCCGGAGUACUGUCCGUACGGUCCGGACUUUGAAACACACUGCGAUCCCUGGUUGGCUCGUCACCAUCCCGAGCUACGUGCACUCCUCGCGGAACGACGCGGGACCGUCGUUACGGCACCCGCAUCUGUGAAACCCACCACCGACGUCCCCACGCCGGCCCGACCCGCACACCCCUGGACGACGGCCGAUCGGUUGACGGCCUUUUACGAACAAUACGUUCCGGACAAGGUCGAUUCCGUACCGGCUCUGUUGGAAAAGUAUGCGGGCAAGGAGGAUAAGCUCUUUUUGGCCUUGACGAAAAAGUACGGACCCGAACCGAGUGAUCCGUACUACAGUGAUUCUGCGGACUAUGACGACGACGAAGAGUCGAACGACGACGACGCUGACGACGACGACAAUCGGGUGCCAGCGGAUGGUGCCGACGUGACGAGUGAUAGUAACCAAAAGAACAAGAAGCGUCGCGGAGCCGCCGCCAAGAAAGUGAGCGAGGGAACCGUAGCCACGCGGGUCGUCGUCCAGAAAAUAUCACAGAGAAAAAGGCGUCACUUGACGGUCAUUCAAGGCAUGGAGACGGUGCCCGGAAUCAAACUCAAGGACGCGUCCAAAAUGUUCUCCAAACGAUUCGCGGGAAGCUCAUCCGUAAAGGAAACCGCCGUGGGCACCAAGGAAAUUAUUAUUCAAGGAGAUCACCAAGUAGACGUGGCGGAAAUGAUUGUGGACAAGUUCGGGGUAGCCGAGUCGUGUGUCUUUUUGGAUAUGGAUGGGGAUGUGGUUCCUCUGCGCUAA